AUGGCCUCGAUACCGGUUGGGAAUCCUAUUGUCGAGCAAUCGGAGCCCGAUGUCCGUCAAGGGAUGGAGGUUGGGGAUGAGCUUGGGUUGAGGGUGAGCAGAACUGUAGAAGAGUCUUUUGGUGAUGGAGUCGGCGAAUCACCUUCCUAUGCUGCUUUAGAGGAACGGCUUGUGAAGGGACAUGGGGAAGCACUGAAGGUUCUUAGCGCACUAGAAGCAGUAACUGGAAAACUUAGGAAGUUCUUGGUUGACCAGAGUUUCAUCCCCAUGUUUGAGAAAAUAGUGACACAAACCAUGCAAGUGCCACUCUUGUAUCCGGGCGAUAUCAUUGGAGUUAACGGGACGUAUAUUGCCUACAUUCGCCGUGUCAGCGAAGCAGUUCUCACAAUUCAAGUGAGUAAAGGUUAUCUUGAUUAG